UUUUGUGAGUUUUGUUUCCUCAGUUUCAUUCUUCAGACAAGGACAUUUUGCAUUGAAAACAAGUUUGAGUUCAGAUUGAAUUGGGAACAAGUUGAUUAGUUCAGUAAAGCAUAUUGUGUUGGGAAAGAAAUGGCCUAUUGUUGUUGAAAGAAAUUGAGAAUGGCAUAUUGUGUUGAGGACGGCAUAUUGAGUUUGGAACAGAUUCGAGUUCAGACUGAAUUUUAUAUAAUUAGUUUUGGAGUGAGGGAUUGUUAUUUGAAACUGUUAACUUACUUUCAUGCUGAAUUAAAUUAUCUCGAGGAUUUCUCCUCGAGUUAAUAGUGAAUGAUGAAUGGGUUAGGACAUUCAUUGUAUAUCCGAAAAUUGUUGAA